AUGUGGGUAUACAGGAGAAUGUUAAGGAUAUCCUGGAGAGAUAAAAUAAAGAACGUAACUGUGCUAAGUCGUGUGAAGAAGAAAGCGGAAGUUGUGUACGCGGUUAAGAAGAGAAAGCUUGGAUACUUCAGUCACAUCAUGAGAAACUCUAAGUACCAGCUGCUUCGACUUAUUAUCCAGGGCAAGAUCCAAGGCAAGCGCAGUGUGGAUCGUAGAAGAACAUCUUGGCUAAGAAAUCUACGCCAAUGGAUGUUGUCAAUGUGGCAGUCGUGGAGCCUCGUGGCAUGUAUAUGCGCGUGCGCACUGGCGGAGCGCAUAGAUCAGGAACCGAUACUGUCGCCUCGACCAGGGAGAGUCCGUGAUCGUGAAAUCAAACAGGACGAACCGACUUGUGACCAGCUUAAAGCUAUGUGGCGAUUCUCAAAGAGACAAGCUCGUGCUCCCGAACUAAUCAACGAAGUACCAGCUGUACCCUUCCGCGAUCCCCUGAUGUACAACGAGUGGCCUGCUUACACUGCAAUGCCCCGCGCAGCCCCAAGAUUUCGGUAUCAAUUCCCGACCAUCCCUCGGGAGGCAUACGGACGGGUCAUCACUAAAGCACCGCCGAACGUUGUUCGCACACCUGAUUAUCGCGAGAUGUUCGGAAUGUUGAACGUGCCACAUACUUCUGGAAAGAUUCUUCGGUACCCUGGACCGUCUCGACCUCGCGGUGGACCGGCCUUCAUGGUACCACCACAGAGAGACAGUUUCGAAGCCUUAAAGAAAUUGAUUCGGCAAGAGCACGUCCGCGAACUCCAGAGGAAAUACGAAACUGAACAAAAGCAGGAACUGAAAGAGAUUGCAGCUGGCCGCGGAAAUGACGAUUUUGUAUACGGAACCUAUGGAGAACAAGAACCUCGAGGUCUCCAGCCCUUGGAAUACGCAGACGACCCUAGCGCCAGACAUGGAAAGAAACCUCAAAGCGGCAGUCGCCAAGUGUCUCAGUUCUCUCGCUACUCCGAUGUGAUGCUGCCGCCAGUCCGCCGAAGCUUCUACCACCCGUACCUCGACUAUGCUCUUCCAGAGUACGUUCCCUACGCCUACUGA